CAGGGGCGGACUGACCAUUUGGAAACUUGGGCACUGCCCGAGGGCCCGGGGUCAGUAGGGGGCCCCAUGAGAUGCCCCUGGAACCUUUUUCAUAGGCUUUUUUGAGUUUGGGCAAGGACACAGGGGCCCCAUGAUCCCCUAUUGCCCAGGGCCCCAUGAGUUGUCAGUCCGCCCCAGGACAGGUCUGAUCUUCAUUUUCAGUGCAAUUUCUUUACCUUUGAAUAGUUUGUCAAGAGUCUUCAUUCAACAAUAAUAUAUAAAUAUGAGUCAAAUAUAG